AUGAAGGCAUCUAUCGUCCUCCCCGCGGCAGCUGUCUUGGCUUCCAAUGUCAUGGCAGCCCCAGCGUUUGGCCCUGGGUUCUUCGGCCACGGCUUUGGCGGCUUUGGAGGGUUUGGUGGUGGUCAUGGACAUGGCCCCUGGGGUGCCUUCAACUGGGGUGGAGUCAACUGGAAGACGUUCGACUAUAGCAAGGUCGAUUGGUCGAGUGUUGACUGGAGCCAGAUUCCAUACUUCAAGAUCAACUGGAAUAAAGUCAAUUGGCCAUACAAGGGCUGGGGCCAGUGGCAGAGUGCCGACGCCGCCUUCACCUCGACCUACAGUAUUGCAGCCUGGCCCCAGGAGGUCAUUGGGACCGAUGGGAACCCCAGCGGCGGCCUUGCUGGGGCUCGUGGCGUGUUCAACUACGGUCUCAUCUCAUCUACCAACACCAUCUGCUGGAACAUUGUACUCACCGGCUUCCAAGGCGAGUACCAAUCGCCCGCCAAGACGGCCACCCACAUCCACGAGGCACAGAGGGGUGAGAACGGCCCGCCGCGCAUUGCCUUCCCAAACCCUGUGCCAUUCGACCCUCUCCAGCCUCUUGGAAAGAGAAUCAGUGUCGGCUGUGCCACUGGACCGUUUACUACCGGUAUCAAGGACGCAGAUGGGUUUGACACUGGCUACGGCUUCACGGUUGACCAAAUCGAAAAUGACCCGUCGUCAUUCUUUACCGAUGUCCACUCAAGCUAUGCAGUCCCUGGGGCCUGCAGAGGACAGUUUGAAUAA